GCCGGUGCCCCCCGCCGCCCGCUGCCCCCUCGCCGCGCCCCCCGACCUGGCCGCGCGGCCCGCCGGGGCCAUGGCGAAGAAGAGCGCCGAGAACGGCAUCUACAGCGUGUCCGGCGACGAGAAGAAGGGCCCCCUGAUCGCGCCCGGGCCCGAAGGGGCCCCAGCCAAGGGCGACGGCCCCGCGGGCCUGGGGGCCCCCGGCGGCCGCCUGGCCGUGCCGCCGCGCGAGACCUGGACGCGCCAGAUGGACUUCAUCAUGUCGUGCGUGGGCUUCGCCGUGGGCCUGGGCAACGUGUGGCGCUUCCCCUACCUGUGCUACAAGAACGGCGGAGGUGUGUUCCUUAUUCCCUACGUCCUGAUUGCCCUGGUCGGAGGAAUCCCCAUUUUCUUCUUGGAGAUCUCACUGGGCCAGUUUAUGAAGGCUGGCAGCAUCAAUGUCUGGAACAUCUGUCCCCUGUUCAAAGGCCUGGGCUAUGCCUCCAUGGUGAUCGUCUUCUACUGCAACACCUACUACAUCAUGGUGCUGGCUUGGGGCUUCUAUUACCUGGUGAAGUCCUUCACCACCACGCUACCCUGGGCCACCUGUGGCCAUAUGUGGAACACUCCUGACUGCGUGGAGAUCUUCCGCCAUGAAGACUGUGCCAAUGCCAGCCUGGCCAACCUCACAUGUGACCAGCUUGCUGACCGCCGGUCCCCUGUCAUCGAGUUCUGGGAGAACAAAGUUCUGCGGCUCUCCGAGGGGCUGGAGGUGCCAGGGGCCCUCAACUGGGAGGUGACCCUGUGUCUGUUGGCCUGCUGGGUGCUGGUCUACUUCUGUGUCUGGAAGGGGGUCAAGUCGACAGGAAAGAUCGUGUACUUCACCGCUACAUUCCCCUACGUGGUCCUCGUCGUACUGCUGGUGCGCGGAGUGCUGCUACCUGGCGCCUUGGACGGCAUCAUCUACUAUCUCAAGCCUGACUGGUCAAAGCUAGGGUCCCCUCAGGUAUGGAUAGAUGCCGGGACCCAAAUUUUCUUUUCUUAUGCCAUUGGCCUGGGGGCCCUCACUGCCCUGGGCAGCUACAAUCGCUUCAACAACAACUGCUACAAGGAUGCCAUCAUCCUUGCACUCAUCAACAGCGGGACCAGCUUCUUUGCUGGCUUCGUGGUCUUCUCCAUCCUGGGCUUCAUGGCCACAGAGCAGGGUGUGCACAUCUCCAAGGUGGCAGAAUCAGGGCCUGGCCUGGCCUUCAUCGCCUACCCCAGGGCUGUCACACUGAUGCCUGUGGCCCCACUCUGGGCUGCUCUAUUCUUCUUCAUGCUGCUGCUGCUGGGCCUCGACAGCCAGUUCGUAGGUGUGGAAGGCUUCAUCACUGGCCUGCUUGACCUCCUCCCGGCCUCCUACUACUUCCGUUUCCAAAGGGAGAUCUCUGUGGCACUCUGCUGCGCCCUCUGCUUUGUCAUCGACCUCUCCAUGGUGACCGAUGGCGGAAUGUACGUCUUCCAGCUCUUUGACUACUACUCGGCCAGCGGCACGACCCUGCUCUGGCAGGCCUUCUGGGAGUGCGUGGUGGUCGCCUGGGUGUAUGGAGCUGACCGCUUUAUGGACGACGUUGCCUGCAUGAUCGGCUACCGACCUUGCCCCUGGAUGAAAUGGUGCUGGUCCUUCUUCACCCCGCUGGUCUGCAUGGGCAUCUUCAUCUUCAACGUGGUGUACUACAAGCCGCUGGUCUACAACAAUACCUACGUGUAUCCAUGGUGGGGUGAAGCCAUAGGCUGGGGCUUCGCACUCUCCUCCAUGCUGUGUGUUCCGCUCCACCUCCUGGGCUGCCUCGUCAGGGCCAAGGGGACUAUGGCUGAGCGCUGGCAGCACCUGACACAGCCUGUCUGGGGCCUCCACCACUUGGAGUACAGAGCUCAGGACUCGGACGUCAGGGGCCUGACCACCCUGACCCCAGUGUCUGAGAGCAGCAAGGUGGUGGUGGUGGAGAGCGUCAUGUGACAGGCACCCCAACUCACAUCACCAGCUCACCCUCUUGUAGCCAUAGCAGCCCCUGCUUUAGCCCACCCCCCCUCCAGGGGGCUUGCCUUUCCCUGACACUUUUGGGGUCUGCCUGGGGGUGGGGGGAAAGCACCACGAGUGCUAACUAAAGUAACUUUUUCCAUUUUUAAUAAAACGCCAAAAAUAUCACAAUCCACCAAAAAUAGAUGCCUCCCCCCUGCUCCACCCCACCACUCCUCUUACCCAAGCUGGUGCACACGCUGCCUCCCCAGGCCCUGCCAAGCACCCUCGCCCUGCUGCCCGCCGUGGAUGCACCUCACCCGACCCCUCCAUGCCUGCCUUGCCAGGCUCUGCCCCAACACCCCCUUGGGUGGCCCCUCACCUGGGGUGGGACAGAUGUAGUGGGCAGCAGUGAUGGCCUGGGGAACAGGAGUCACGACAGGGGAUGGGAACAAGGGGUGCCAGCAGAGCCGAGGCAAGUAUUUCAGCUGGGCCAGACCCCUCUCCCCAUCCCUACUCUAGAAGCUUAGAGAGCCAGCCAGCAAUGGAACCUUCUGGUUCCUGCGCCAAUCGCCACCAAUAUCAACUGUGUGAGCUUGUGUAGAGUGCAUGAGUGUGAGUAGGUAGGGUCUUUAGCUCUUAGCAAAAGUGAAUACCAGGUGUAAACUGUGCCUGUGGGCAAAUGAGGCUUAUAUUUUGCACAUUUUAUAAAACUUGAGGAGAGAGAUUUCUGCUUGUAUUAUUUCUAAAGAGAAAACAGCCCUGUAUCCCUCCCGUUGCCACUACCUGCCCCUUUCAACUCUUCUGACUCCUCUGCCCCAGCCGAGUGUGAAUUUAUAGAUCUAAUUUUCAUAGGCAAAACAAAGGCUUCAAGCUGUCCAGCGUGCAAGUCUGUCAUGUGGGUAUGUGUGUGCAGUCCUUGGCCCCAGCCAAGGUGGAAAAGUGCCCGGUGGGGGCCUUGACACGCAGCCCCACGCUCCCCCUCUGCCCUUGAGUCGUCUGUGGUGAGCAGAUGCAGGGUUCUGUCCCUGGGGAUCUGGGGCUGCUCGCUGGACACACUCAGCCUUGCCCAUAACCCUGCCCCCAAGGCUGGGCACGACUACAGGGAUCUGAGGUGGGCACCAGCCAGGGACCCAAUCCUGGGUAAGGCUCCCACCUGCAAGCUUAGGGCUGAUGCACUUUCCACAUCUCAAGUCUUCCAUAUAGCAGCUUUAAUUAACCUAUGUCUGAGUCACGUCCAAUCUUGAGACAGCUAAGUGGACCCUAGAAGGCUACCCCCAUGCCCUGACAUCGGCUGGGGGUGUCGGGGUGGGUGAGGGUGCAGGGUCCAGCGGGGACAUUCUUACUGUGCUAAGAAGCCACUGCAAACAUAGCAAUAAAAACAUGUCAUUUUCCAA